AUGUCGCUCCAAGUAAACGACCCGCGGUCGCGUACCCGCUCCAAGUCCCCCGGUCGCGAACGCUCGCGCUCGCGGUCGCGCGACAGCCGAGUCCCGUCUCCCCGCUCUCGCUCUCCAGCUGUACCUGCGCCAGUACCAAGCAGAUACAGUCCAGACGAAGAAGCCGAGAUUGAGCGCCAGUACAAGGCAAUCAGUGACCGUCGCAAUGAGCCCCAAACCAUCUCCAGAGCCCCGCGCGAUCCCCGAUACGUGAACCGCUCCGGCUCAGACGAAGAUAAGCGUCGCAAGGACGACAGAUCCCGCGAAGACCGCUACGAACACUCGGGUGACGAGCGCCCUCGCCGCGAAUACAUCCCCUCAUCGUCCGCAUCCACACGCCCUCGCAGACGCUCAUCCGAUCGAGGAAGUCGCGAUGACUCCGAUAGCUCUGUCGACGAUGAAUUGGCAUACGGUGAUGCACCAGGCGCGCACCCAAGCUACGCCAGACCCGUGAAGUAUGAUUAUGCCCAGCCGCAUAUUGCACACGCCCAGCCUUCGCGUCCUGCGCAGCCUUAUCCAGGCGCUGGCACAGACUGGGCUGCUGUCCCCGAGUGUGAACGGCCUGGCUUCGUCCCACCUUCUUCGCAGGCAGAUACGGCUUCUAUGCCUGGUGCUUUCCCACCGGCAGGCUUUGAACCCCCUGUCUCGGCCCCGUAUACGGGUGCGCAGCCGUAUGCUUCGGGUGCUGGGUAUACGCCGUCGCAUUAUCGGACGGCGUCGGCGGCUGAUUCGGGUUACCCGCCUGCUGCAUCUGGGUAUGCUAAUCCGGGGGUGUUCCAGUAUGCUCAGGUUGAUCCAAAUGUGAAGUAUACUUCGAAGGGUGCGUCUAAGCCGGCGUAUACGGCUUCUGCGCAUGAGCAGUUCUCCAGAACGCAUCCUUCUGCACACUCUCAGGCUCAACCUCAGCCCCAGGCCCAGGUGCAGCCUCAGGUUCAGUACCGUCAACCGUCGCCGCAGCCGCAAUCGCAACCACAGCCACAACAGCCGCAGGAACCAUACAGAUAUAAGUAUGAGCCGCAGUUUGUGGAAAUCGCGCCCGGGGGAAGUCGAUCUGGAGCUCGUCCUCACAGUCGCGCUGGGUCGUCGAGCAAUCUGUCAGUGGGGGGACCUAGCGUAAGCCAUGCAGGUCAUCCCCCUGCUAGUCCAUUGCUAGAGCCGUAUCGCGGGACCUAUCAAUCAAUCUCGCCCAUGCCAUCUCCAAUCGCAGCCCCUAGCAUCCGCGAUGAAGACAUCUCCGACCUGGAACCUCUCGAUGGCGGAACCUCAACCUCCGACUCAGGCCGUCGCCGAAGACACCGGUCUCACUCCUCCGUGGGCGAAAAAGACCGCCACCGCAGCAGCAAAGACAAAAAGGACAAAGAGCGAGGCUCUGGCGACGACAAACGCAGACCAACCCACACCCGUCUGGACUCUUCCUCCUCCGUCGCAGACUCAAUGGUCCUCAUCUCCCCAUCCCGCAGACGCGUCUCCUUCUACGAUGCCGCCGCAGACGCAGCAGCAAUGCAAUCAGCCCUCAAUCACGCCCGCAACAUCGAUAGCAAACCCAUAAUCCAGAUCCUCCCCCGUCUAACCAGUGACGAAAUCCUCACCCUGCGCCAGGAAUACAAAGCCCGCGUCCGCCUACAAGGAAAAGGAAUUAAUCUCGCCAAACACCUGCGUCUGAAACUCGGUUCUUCCAACUUCGCCAAAGUCUGCUACGCCACUGCCCUCGGUCGCUGGGAAUCAGAAGCAUACUGGGCAAACUGCUACUACCAAGCCGGAACCUCGCGUCGCGAACUUCUCAUCGAAUCCCUAAUGGGUCGUUCGAAUGCCGCAAUCCGUGAAAUCAAGAACUCUUUCCGCGAUACACGCUACGAGAAUAGUCUUGAGCGCUGUAUGCGUGCUGAGCUGCGCGCUGAUAAGUUCCGUACUGCCAUCCUGCUUGCCCUUGAGGGUCAUCGUCAGGAUGAUCGUGAACCAUUGGAUAAGAGAUUGAUUCGGGAUGAUGUUCGGGAUUUGCAUCACUCGCUUACUCGUGGUGGUGAGACUGCCAUGAUUGAAAUUAUUGUGUUGCGGAGUGAUGAGCAUCUCCGUGAAGUGCUUCGCACUUACGAGGACAUGUAUCGGCAUAAUUUUGCUAAGGCUAUGAUUCAGAAAUCGCAAAAUUUGGUGGGAGAAACUCUCGCUCAUAUCCUGAAUGGAGCAAUUAACCGACCCAUGCGAGAUGCGCUUCUUCUCCAUCAAGCUCUGCGGGAGUCGCGGAGUGGUCGUGAACGCUCUGAGUUACUGAUUUCUCGUCUUGUGAGACUUCAUUGGGAACCCAGACAUCUGGCCCAGGUCAAGACAGAGUAUCGGCGGAGAUAUCAUGAGCGGUUGGAAGAGGCUAUUGCAGAGGAGAUCCUGGCUCUGAACGGUGGCCAGGAUUGGGGUGAGUUCUGUAUUGAGCUGGCGCGCAGUGCAUGA